AUGGCCUCUUUUCACGAAUUACAGAACCUUGCUGAGGCCGCCUCACCAAUGGGAGAGAAACCGCCCGAGGAACGCUCCGUUAACGACGAGCUGAAGACAACCUCGCCCACAACCUCGUCAUCUUUCCCAGAGGGCGGUCUGAGAGCAUGGCUGACUGUUCUUGGAGGAUCCAUGGUCGUCAUGUGCACGUUUGGCAUCGUACAGUCCUUCGGUGUCUUCCAGGAUUACUACACGCGUGUGUCGCUGAAAGAACACAGUCCGUCCCAGAUUAGUUGGAUAGGCUCCUUUCAACUCUUCCUGCUCUUUGCUGUCGCUCUGCCGUCUGGUCGCCUCUAUGACGAAGGAUUCUUCCGCUACCUGAUUGCCUGUGGCUCCUUGCUCUAUCUCUUCUCGGUCUUCAUGCUGUCUCUCACUAAACCCCACAAGUACUACGAAACGUUCUUAUCCCAAGGCCUCGGCGUCGGGGCGUUCUUCACAUUCUGGGGCCUUUUCUUCCCGUUCUUCUAUCUACAGCUCUACGGUUCCUUGCAUGGAGUAUCCCAUAGCUUCACGAUCUACAUAAUCCCCAUCCUCAACGGUGCUUCAUUGUUUGGUCGAACAAUACCCAACUUCCUCGCCGACUACUACGGUCGAUUCAAUGUGAUCAUCCCGAUGACCACCAUUGCUGGCCUCCUGAUGUUCGCGAUGUUCGGUGCGAAGACGGAGCACGGCAUCAUUGCGUUCGCCAUCCUGUACGGCUUUUUCUCUGGGUGCUUCCUUUCCAUGGCCGCGCCAAUGAUCACUGUGUUCGCGAAGAGCGUUGACGAAGUUGGGUCCGUAUCCUGUCUUCUCCCCCCUCUCUUACUAUAG